AUGCUGCCACGGAGGAGAUAUCGGCUGUUGCUCUUCGUAGCAGCCGUCGUUGUCUUCCUCUUUUACCGCGCCGCGCACUCUGCCGACUGGGAUCCCUCCGAGUAUACCCGCUUUGGCCAGCGACCUCAGCAGUACCCUUCUUACUUCGAUAGCGAUCGCAACCCUCUGCACAAGCCUCCCACCCAGGAAGCUCCGGAGGCAUCUCCUCCGGCCAUCAACAUACCGGUCUUGAGGCCCGGCGACAAGGACGAUGUCAACUUCGCCCUGCCCACGAAGCCAGCGAAUGUUGACCCCACCGCCGCCGCCGACGAUGCCAAGGCAGCCGUCACCGAGGUUCCAUGGUACGAGGAACUAGCCCCAGGCAUGCACACGACGCCUUCCACCACGACCACCACAUCCACGACAACGUACCCGCACUGGCAGAAGUUCAGCGAGCACUUCCCCGUGGCCGCCGAAGACCUCAUUCUCCUCCCGACUGGCACGCCCAAGACCAUUCCCAAAAUCCAGUUCGACUUUCCCAAGGAGAGUCCCGCCGCCAAGGAGAAGCGGGAGGGCCGCUUGGCCGAGAUCAAGUCCGAGAUGAAGCGCGCUUGGAACGGUUACCGCACGUACGCCUGGAUGCACGACGAGAUCUCGCCCGUCACCAAGCUCUUCCGCGACCCCUUUUGCGGCUGGGCUGCGACACUCGUCGAUGCCCUCGAUACGCUCUGGAUCAUGGGUAUGAAGGAGGAGUUCCACGAAGCCGCUCACGCCGUGGACACAAUCGACUUCACCUAUAGCACUCAGCGCUUCGACAUACCCGUCUUCGAGACGGUAAUCCGCUACCUUGGGGGCCUUUUGGCCGCCUACGACGUCAGCGGCGGCCACGAGGGCAAAUACCCGAUGCUGCUCAAGAAGGCCGAGGAGCUUGCCGAAAUCCUGUACGGCGUCUUUGACACCCCGAAUCGCAUGCCCAUCCUGUACUACCAGUGGAGGCCCGAGUACGUGGCCCAGCCCCACCGCGCAAGUGCGGUCAGCACCGCCGAGGUGGGUUCCCUCCUUAUGGAGUUCACCCACCUCGCCCAGCUCACCGGCAAGCAAAAGUACUACGACGCCGUCGCUCGCAUCACCAACGCCUUUGAAGGCCUGCAGAAAGGCGGUACCGCUAUCCAGGGCAUCUUCCCCGAGACGCUAGACGCCAAUGGCUGUAACCGAACCGCCACGGAUCUCAAACGCCAGGCCGAGCUCGCCGCCCAGCACCAGUCAACCGUCCAACGUGGCGACAGCAUCGUCGGUACCUCUUUCGCACCCCCAUCACAACCUGACGAAGAGGAGGCGGUGGCUCCCCAGUCGGAGAGCGGAUCGCAGGCGGGCCUAAAGAAGAUGAAGAGGGGCUUCCGCGAGGUUCAUGCGGAUCCCAAAGUCGACGCAAGAGAUGAUGAUGGCGUUGCUGUCCCAGUCGGCGGCUUUAACCCGUGGGAUCCGAUGAGCUUGAUUGAUCUGGAUUGCGUGCCCCAGGCGCCGCUAGUCCCCCUGUCUUAUGGAUAUCAGUCGUACAGUAUGGGCGGUAGCCAGGACUCUACAUACGAAUACUUCCCCAAGACAUAUCUCCUCCUCGGCGGACUAGAACCCAAGUACCGAAAUAUGCAUGAGAAGACGGUGGCCGCGGUCAAGCGAUGGCUCCUUUACCGGCCCAUGACGAAAGACCAGCGCGAUAUUCUCUUCUCAGCCAAACUCACGACUAAUGGCGUGCCCGAGGUAGAUGCGCGCCGCGAGUACGAAGUCACGCACCUGACAUGCUUCCUAGGCGGGAUGUUUGGGCUUGGUGCCAAGAUUUUUGACAGCGAGGAGGACCUCGAGAUCGCUAAGAAACUCACGGAUGGGUGCGUGUGGGCGUACGAAUCGAUGCCUUCGGGCAUCAUGCCCGAAGGUGCCCAUGUGGUCCCGUGCGAGGGCUUCAAAGCCUGUCCAUGGAACGAGACCCUCUGGCACCAAGGCCUUGACCCUCUGUGGGAGUAUCGCGACCAGCAGGUUGCCGACUACCUCGUGACCAAGAAGGAGGCCGAGGCUCACCAGAAGAUGCUGGAGACCCAGCGGGAGCUGCAAAACCUCAAGGAGCAGCAGACUCCAAGCCAAGGCGGGGCUGGUGGCCAGGAUGAUAGGCCGGCGCACCAGCCCCUUCUAGCGCGGCGGAGGAGCAGGUAG